AUGAAGCAAAACAAGACAAAGACGUGUAGACGUAUCGAUCGAAACUGGACGAAUCGAAAUGCGUAUUCACUCAAGACGCGACCGUCUGCGUCUGCAAUAGCACUGACUUGCAAAUGGAAGCGCAAUCAACAGCACAAGUUAAUGAAGAAGCAGUUCAUUGAGAAUGAUGGUAGUGAUAAUACUGCUGGUGACAUGGAACGAGAUAAUUUGGAUAUGGAAGAACAGCUUACAGCGUUUGUGGAAUACGUACUUAAUGCUGCAGAUAUGGACAGUUUAGAUAUCAUUUCAAGCCAAGAUUUUGAUGGAGAUGAAGAGCAAGAUUUAGUAACUCAAGGCUCUCAGCAUAUGCAGUCGAAUAACUGGCAAGAUGUUACAGAUGUGAACCAGUUUCAGGACGAAACUUCUCAAAAAUAUGGCAACGUUAUUUGUGCCCCUCGGUCUGUGUCCAUUUCUGGUUCUGGCACAUUUCUCGAAGAAAAACAAGUUGUUUCUCGCCCAUUUUUUCUGAAGAAGGCUACGAGCACCGAAGAAAGAGAAGUGCAUGGCCCUCUUUCCAAAGACAGUGAGGGUUCAUUAAGUGAUGGCUUUGCCACAGCAAUAAACCUUGUGAGCGCAGUGAUGCCCCAACCAUAA